CGAUCUGGUGAAGGUGCGGCUGCAAACCGCAUCAGAUUCAUAUGCUGGAGCUGGAGAUUGCGCGAGGCAGACGUGGGCCAAGGAAGGAUUGAGGGGUCUGUACAGGGGCAUCUCCAUGCCCCUCCUGGGCGCAAGCUUUGAGAAUGCUACGCUCUUCGUGACGUACAACUCGACGCAAAGCCUCAUCAGGUAUCUCUCGGGCCAGUCAGAUGCUUCGACAUCCGCCGCCGGCACAACCCUGCCUCCUCUCUCCAUGUUCCAGCUGGGCAUCGCAGCGGCAGCAGCUGGAGCAGCCACGUCUUACGUGCUCACCCCCAUCGAACUCAUCAAGUGUCGAAUGCAGGUCCAGAUGAUUGCAAAGGAGCAAGCCGCGCUCACCACGACCAGCGCAUCAGGCGGUCCUGCUUCUGCUUCUGCUUCUGCUUCUGCUGCUAUCCGAUCUUUGCCGGGACCCGUGACGCUGGCACGCCAAGUCAUUGCAAGCGAAGGCAUCACUGGCUUGUGGCUGGGUCAGACGGGCACUCUGCUCAGGGAGACUGGCGGUGGCAUCGCCUGGUUUUUGGCCUUCGAAGCGACCUGCAGGGAGUUCUUGGCGCGGCGAAGCAGGACGAACCGGCCGGAUCAAAAGUCAGACUUGUCUUCCCUCGAGCUCGUCACUGCUGGGGCGGCAGCUGGCAUCGGCUACAACGUGAUUCUGUUUCCUGCAGAUUGCAUCAAGAGCACCAUACAGACGGAAAAGGAGCUCAAACCUAACCAGCCGAUCGCAGGCUUCCUGGAGACUGGAACGAGGAUAUACAGACAGCGAGGCAUCAGGGGUUUGUACGCUGGUUGUGGAAUCACGUGCCUGAGAAGCGCGCCCAGCAGCGGUGAGUCACACGGCUUUGGCUCGAUGCAGCUCAGAGGCGCAGCGUUGAGCGCAAGGCAACGCCGGGGGCCAAAAAGCUGAUGCCAAGAGUCCCGAUGCUUUGACGCGACGAUCUACGUGGUGUGCUCAGCUCUCAUCUUGUGAGUCUUGGAGCGCGACUCAGCUUUGACGGCGGCCAGAGUUGUUGUCGAUGCAAUGUAGCGCGCUGACCGCUGUGAUCGCUCGGCUUUUCUCACAGCUUACUGUACAGCAAACUAGAACAAUUGGCUGACCGUCACGGCAUAUAGAGUAGAGUGCAAAAUAAUACCGAGUGAAUGAUACUUGAAGACAAUCAGAUGGCGAGGUUUCAGCGGC